GUCACACUUUCCUCAGUCGCGAUAAUCAUGGCGGAUCAACAAUUCAACAACUUUCUCUGAUCGGUGCCGUGAGCCGCUGUCCGCCGUCAUGGAGCAUUUUCAGGGGGCCUGGAAGAGCCUCAGCAGUCACGGCUUUGGGUGCAAAGACUCAGUAUUCGAGGACUCCUGCAUGUCUCCCAGCAUCCUCAAGACCUUCCCAUACCGCAGAUUAUCAGACGAUGGCAGAAUCCCAGACUCCAAGACCAGCAGCACCAUCCGCGUCUUCCUGCCCAACAAACAGCGCACCGUGGUGAACGUGCGAGCAGGAAUGACGCUGCGCAACUGCCUCAUCAAAGCCCUGAAAGUUCGAGGUCUUCAGCCAGAAUGCUGUGCUGUUUUCAAGCUUCAGCGAGAACAUUCAGUUAAGAAGCUGCGCAUGGACUGGAGCACUGAUUCUACCUCACUGGUCGGAGAGGAGCUGCUGGUUGAAGUCUUAGAUCACGUGCCAUUGACGACGCACAAUUUUGUACGCAAAACCUUUUUGAAGUUGGCCUUUUGUGACAUCUGUCAGAAGUUUCUUUUGCACGGCUUCAGAUGUCAGACGUGCGGAUACAAGUUUCAUGAGCACUGCAGCACCAAAGUGCCCACCAUGUGUGUGGACUGGAGCAACAUUCGCCAGCUCCUACUGUUCCCGACUCCCGGAGAGAACGGGACUCUGACCCUCCCUCCGCUCUCGUCCCGUCGCAUGCAAAACUCUAGAUUCUCCUUCAGUCCCUAUCACAGAUACUCAACGCCAAAUGCAUUAAACUACAUCACACCCCUGCCGUCCCCUGGAGUUUCUCUGGGCCAUAAAGUCUUGUCCACCUCCACACCCAACGUCCACAUGGUGAGCACAACCCAGCCAGUCGAUGAAGCUGCUUAUCAGGAAGCCUUAAGGCAUGAUGAAUCAGGAAGCCCUCAAAAUUUAAGCCCGACCGAAUGGUCCAAAACCCCGGCUCCAGCUCACAGGGAGAAAGCGCCUUCGAGUAACACUCAGGAAAAACGAAUCCGUCCUCGAGAGAAGAGAGACUCCAGCUACUACUGGGAGAUCGAGGCCACUGAGGUGCUUCUGCUCUCCAGGAUCGGCUCAGGCUCUUUUGGCACGGUUUACAAAGGGAAAUGGCAUGGUGAUGUUGCUGUGAAGAUUUUAAAGGUCAUAAAUCCAACACCGGAGCAGUUGCAGGCGUUUCGCAAUGAAGUGGCUGUUCUCAGGAAGACCAGGCAUGUUAAUAUCGUGUUGUUUAUGGGCUACAUGACGAAGGUAAACCUGGCCAUUGUGACGCAGUGGUGUGAGGGAAGCAGCCUCUACAAACAUCUGCAUGUGCAGGAGACAAACUUCCAGAUGUUCCAGCUGAUGGACAUCGCCAGACAGACGGCUCAGGGCAUGGAUUACCUGCAUGCAAAGAACAUCAUCCACCGAGACAUGAAGUCCAACAAUAUCUUCCUGCACGAGGGCCUGACGGUGAAGAUCGGGGACUUCGGUUUGGCCACAGUAAAAGCGCGCUGGAGCGGCUCUCAUAGAGUCGAGCAGCCGUCUGGAUCCAUUCUGUGGAUGGCUCCUGAAGUGAUCCGCAUGCAGGAUAAUAACCCGUACAGCUUUCAGUCAGACGUGUACUCAUACGGGAUCGUCCUGUAUGAGCUGAUGACCGGAGAACUGCCUUAUUCUAUGGUUGGAAACAGAGAUCAGAUCAUCUUUAUGGUGGGUCGGGGUUAUCUGUCUCCAGACCUCAGUAAGCUGUAUAAGAGCUGUCCUAAAGCCAUGAAGAGACUGGUGUCCGACUGCAUCCAGAAGACCAAAGAGGAGCGCCCGCUCUUCCCACAGAUCCUGUCCUCCAUCGAGCUCCUCCAGCAUUCACUCCCCAAGAUAAACCGCAGCGCGUCUGAACCGUCGCUGCACAGAGCCACACACACUGAGGACAUGAACGUCUGCACGCUGGCACUCACCUCUGCCUUUAAAUGAUGGACACACACACACACACACACACACCCAUAAAUACAUGCAUACAUUCACAUUCAUAAACACACACAUGAACACACAUACACAUAUGCACAAACACAUGCACACAAAACAUUUGCAUAAACACUUAUACACACACACACACACUGACAAAGGCAUACUUGUGUACACACACACAGAAACAUAAAGGCGUAUACACACACAUUCAUACAUUAAGGCAUGCACAUAUAUACACACACACACACACACAAGCUUAUCCACUAGUGUGUGUGUAUGGUCAUGCUGAUCUCUCUCUCCUCCACUGGACAGAGACACACUAAAGCACUUUCUGACUCUCUCUCUCUCUCUCUCUCUCUCUCGCGCUCUCUCUCUCUCUCUCUCUCUCUCUCUCUCUCUCGCUCUCUCUCUCGCUCUCUCUCUCUCUCUCUCUCUCUCUCUCUCUCUC